UUGACCUUAACAUUCACAAAAAUAUCCACUUAUAUAAAUACUCAGCUCAUAAUCCAGAUUCCUGCACAACUUGGUUAUCAACAAUUGGUUAAUUAAGUAACCAAACAAAAACAAAAAAUGGCUCUAGAACCAAACUUCCUUCUCUCAUGGGUCUUCUUAUGCAUAGCUGCAACAAUCUCCAGCACACUUUUCUUCUUCCGCAAGAAACCUCACAAGUUCACAUCAAAGAAGCUGCAGCAGCACAAGAAGAAGCUUCCUCCUGGAGAAAUGGGGCUUCCAUGGAUGGGCGAAACAAUGGAGUUCUACAAAGCUCAGAAAAACAACAGAUUGUUUGAGGAUUUCGUAAAUCCAAGAAUCAUCAAACAUGGAAACAUCUUCAAGACAAAAAUCAUGGGAUCACCAACAAUAGUAGUCAAUGGAGCUGAAGCCAAUAGACUAAUAUUGUCUAAUGAGUUUAGCUUAGUGGUGAGCUCAUGGCCUUCUUCUUCUGUUCAGCUAAUGGGCAUGAACUGCAUCAUGGCUAAGCAAGGCGAGAAGCAUCGAGUCCUUAGAGGGAUUGUAGCUAAUAGCCUUAGCUACAAUGGGUUAGAGUCCUUAGUACCUAAGCUAUGUGACACCGUUCGAUCUCAUCUUGAAACCGAAUGGAGAGGCAAGGAAGAGAUUAGUCUCUACCGUUCAACAAAAGCUCUCACGUUUACUGUAGUCUUUGAGUGUUUGUAUGGGAUCAAAGUGGAGCUUGGGAUGUUGGAGAUCUUUGAGAGGGUUCUAGAAGGAGUUUUCGCUUUGCCUGUUGAGUUCCCUUGUUCUAGUUUUGGUAGAGCGAAGAAAGCUAGGCUGGAGAUAGGGACAUUGCUGGUUGAGAAGGUUAGGGAGAAGAAAAGAGAAAUGGAACAAGAAGAAGCUGAGAGACAAAACACAACACUAUUCUCAAGGCUAGUGCAAGGGUUGAUCAAAGGAGAGAUAACAGAAGAAGAGGUUGUAGAUAAUAUGGUUUUGCUAGUGUUUGCAGCUCAUGACACAACCUCUUACGCCAUGGCCAUGACUUUCAAGAUGUUAGCUCAGCACCCAACUUGCCGUGACACUCUCCUCCAAGAACAUGUUCAAAUAAAAGCAAACAAAGGGGAAGGAGAGUACCUGACGGUGGAAGAUGUGAAGAAGAUGAAGUAUAGCUGGCAAGUUGUUCGUGAAACAAUGAGAUUAUCCCCUCCAAUCUUUGGUUCCUUCAGAAAAGCAGUUGCUGAUAUUGACUAUGGAGGUUUCACAAUCCCUAAAGGCUGGAAGAUACUUUGGACAACAUAUGGAACUCAUUACAAUCCUGAGAUUUUUGAAGAUCCAAUGAGUUUUAAUCCAUCAAGGUUUGAUAAGCCAGUACAAGCAUAUACAUAUCUUCCAUUUGGAGGAGGACCAAGGCUUUGUGCAGGUCACCAACUAGCAAAAGUCAGCAUCCUCGUUUUCUUGCAUUUCGUUGUGACACGUUAUGAUUGGUCCUUAGUCCAUCCAGAUGAGACAAUCAGCAUGGAUCCUCUCCCGUUUCCAUCACUAGGAAUGCCAAUCAAAAUAUCUCCCAAGGUGUCAUGAUAGGAUGAACAGAGCCAUGAGUAUGUUGUAGUCUGUAUGUAUGCAAAAUAUUCAAAAACAAAUAUUUGUUCAUUUGAAACACAAUAUUAUAUGAAACUGAUUCAAUUUAUUGUCUUCCAUGUUCUGUUUCUGAGAGUUGCUGUCUUUAAACGCUGUCAUGGCUUGCUUUUUCCA